AUGCCCAGAGAAGCUAUGGAAAACCCCAGGAGGAUGGAGCAGAAGAUCCUGAUGAUCCUGAGUGUACUCUGUACCACGCUGACUCUCAUCCAUGCCGUCUGCUUCAUAAUCAAGAAUGAACUGGAGAUCAUCACAGAUGGACUCGUGGUUCCCCAGAAGUGUCUGGACCCAUAUGACAAGAGUGAGCAUGCCCUCGGGACCUCAUGGAACUCCAGCUUGUGCGUGAGGUGUAAAUGCAAUGGGGCCACCGUAUCUUGCUGCACCAGGUACAGCAGCAGCAUCUCAACCCCCCCUGGUUGUGAAGCAACACUGGAUGAGCAGCUGUGCGAGUACAAGAUCCACAGAAUCAAUGACCCGGAGGAUCCCUGCGAAGUGUGA